AGUCCUUCUGGAUCGCAGAAAGACAGCCUUACUCUCAGUUUGUUUGCAAGGAGUUCCACAGGGAUACAAAAAUGACUAGAAGUAGAGAAAGAGUCAUUGAAAUAGUGGAAAAGGCUUUUUCAGAGAGUGAAAAAAUGGCCCCAGAAGAUCUGCAGUUUUCUUACAAAGGCAUUUUGCUCCUUGCUACUCUUACCAGCCCAGAAACUUUGGAAGCUCUGAAGUCCUUUGAAGCCAGGAGCGAUGAUGUGAUUCUCAUAGGCUAUCCUAAAACAGGUACAAACUGGCUCAACAAAAUUGUGAGGGAAUUGGAAUCAGCAGAUGCCAAAUAUACAGAAGAAGAAAUGAAAGAGAGAAUAAAUAUUGAAAAGGAGCUACAGAUAUUCCCACGUCUAGAAUUUGGAAAUCCUGGGAAUGUUGAGAGAAUGAAGAAACUGCCUUCCAGAAGAAUUAUAAUAACCCAUCUCCCACCUCAUCUCCUGCCAAGGUCCUUUUAGGAAAGCAAGGCUAAGAUCCUUGUGCUGGUUCGGAACACGAAAGACACAGCUGUCUCCUACUACCACUUCAGCAAUAAUUUGCCCAUGUUGCCCUCCUUCACCUCCUGGGAUGAGUUCUUCACAGCUUUCCUGAAUGGGAGAUUGGGUUGUGGAUCCUACUUUGACCAUUUAGUGGAAUGGAAUAAGUAUAUCGACAACGAGAAGAUCAUGGUGAUAAGCUACGAGGAACUGAAACAGAUGGGGUGUCUUGCCCAGCUCUUUCUUCAUGCACACCCUACAGUGGGAAUGAAGAAGAUUGCUGCCUUCUUUGAAUUCUCCCUCAGUGAGGAAGAUUUUGCCAAAAUUGUGAAGAAGACCAGCUUCCAAGCCAUGAAAGAGAAUUCCAAGGAAACCCACAGUAAAAUUGGGGAUAUGCUCUUCCGGAGGGGGGUUGUUGGGAACUGGAGAGACUGUUUCUCUAAAGCUCAGAAUGAAGAGAUGGACCGAAAAUUUCAUGACUGCCUAAGGGCAACGAAGCUGGCAGCAAGGAUGAAAUAUGACGUGUACUGCAAGACCUGAAAAGUAGAUGAGCAGCCCAACAGCAAGUGGUUCUCCAAAGAUGACCUGUCCUCAAGCUUCCUGCCUUUGGAGAAAGAGAGGGACCAUGCAGAGAUCUUCCCAGCACCACCAAGCAACUGGGGAGUAAUUCCUAGGCAUGUGCUUGGCACUGGAGCCUGGGCCUUGCUUGGUGCAACCUAAUAAAAUGUGUGUGAGC